UACCGCGCAUGCGCAUUGUUGAAUCGUUCAAGGUGAAACAGAUAUUUGUAUUCAGUCAUACAAUUUUUAUAAUUUAAAGAAAUACAUAGAAAGGAAAGGUGAUAUAAAAAUAAUAAUUUAAAUGUGGAUUAAUAUGCUGCUUCUCUUUCUGGGCCGUAAUUAAUGAACGGAGUCGUUUUGUUUGAACUUUGUGUUGUUGGUCUCCUGGAAUCACGUUGCUAUGACAACCCAUGUCUGACCGCUGCCCCGGGUAGAGGUGACAGGUAGAAAUUCAGGGUUUCGUGUUGGACCUGUCGACUCUGGACUGGACACCGCCAGUAAACACAGCGGCAUGGCCUGUUUGAGUCAGAUUUUGUGCAGCAGAUCCAGAUUGGUCAGCUACCUUCCAGGGAUCCACGUGUUGGUGAAUAGUCUGGCUGGAACCAGAACCCUCUCUGCUGCUGGGUCUCUGGGCUUUGAUGAAUCCAAGAUGGCCACCACCCCAUCUCACAUUGGACUCCGGAGCCUGUUGUCUGAUGAGACCAUGAGGUCUUCUGGGCUCCUGGACCGGAGCUCACAGCUGCCUGGUUCAGUGGGUUUGGACUGCCGUCUGGAAGGACUGGAGGAGCAGAAAACGAGCGUAGGCAUGAGGAUGUUUCCCGACACCCGGCCUCCAUCCAGCGAUGCCAGACAUGAGCUUCAGGUGUCUAACAAAGAUUCUACAACCUCUUCUGAAAAUGUGGAUCCAUCUGAGGGAUACUUCAACAACUCAGCAGUAGAGUGUGCUAUACAGUCCUGUCCUCAGCUCUUAAAGAAAGAUUUCCAUUCCAUGUUUCCUGACGCACCAUGCUGUGAUGUGAUGGUUGUCACGGUGACCCAGAGGACCCAGAACGAUAUGACGAUGUGGUCUGCUGAGGUGGAGCAGGAGAGAGAGCAGAUGCUCGACAAGUUUGUCGGUGGAGCAGCGGAGAUCUGCCGCGCCCUGCAGAGAGAAGGAUUCUGGGCCGACUUCAUCGAGCCAUCUUCAGGCCUCGCGUUCUUUGGAACAUACACCAACAACACGCUGUUCGAGACCGAUGACAGAUACCGUCACCUGGGCUUUCAGAUUGAAGACCUGGGCUGCUGCAGAGUGAUCCGACACUCUCUGUGGGGGACACACGUGUUUGUGGGGACAAUUUUCACCAGCGCACCACCCAGCAGUCUCACCAUGAAGCUGCAGACCACCUCCCAGACUCACUGCCGUGGAUGUUGUUUCGAACUGAGUAAGCAUCGUCCUCCUGCCCUGCCAGCAACAUAACCCCGACGUCGGCAUGACGUGAAGAGUCCAUGCUAAUCUCUAAUCCCAGAAAUAGUUCCACUUGGAUUUUAAGACCAGACAGAUCUUCACGUGUCUGGAUGGAUGUUCGUAGGUUCAGAUCUCAGAGGUUUAAACACUACUGCCAUCAGAAUAAAGGACAUGCAGCACUUG